UUACCCUGUUUGCUGGGUUCAUAAUAUUGAGACCCACCCACUUUUCCACAUUUGCCUUUAUGAACUGACUCCCACUCUUGUCUUUCUGUACGCACAGAUGAAUUACAUGUUGACACAAGGGGAUGUCAUUUCCUACCUACCUGUGACUGUAUGACAUCAUCACGUUUUGUCCUUCUGUGUCUGCAGCUAGCUAACUUCAGGCUCUGGGGGGAAGCAUGUGGCUACUGGAGAAGUUCCGUGGUUCUCAUGGUGGUCACUCUGCUUUGGCGGGGGACAAGCAGCAGAACCAGAGAGACCCCGUCUCCGUCCACACCAACAUCAUCACCCCCGGUAAGAUCCCCGACUUCUUCAUCCCCCACAAACUCAUCUGCUGCCCCCCAGAGGCAGAGUCCCUCACGCCGGAGCCCCAGCCCCGCUCCACCCUGCGCCCCUACGCCUCCGAGCACACCAUCUGCAGCCAGACCCAGGGCAGCUGCAACCUGAACCCCCGCAGCCCGCGCCUGCUCUCUCGUCUUGCCGGGGACACCCGCAGCCUUUUGAGGGCCCCUAACCGCCACUUCAUCCAGAUUGAGAGCACCGACGAUCCGGGGAGCGGGGUAGGGGAGGGGGGAGACCCCAAAACCAAUGCAGAGCCACAGUCCCAGACAGACGUGUCCCUGACUUACAAGGCCCAGACCUCGUAUGGGUUCUCCACACUGGUGGAGAGCCCCCACGGCCACCGCAAGGAGUCCAUCUUCCACAGAGACCCCAGCAGCCCCCACACCUCCCCGGGCUCCCAGAGACACACGCGCGGGGGGGACCACCUGACCCCCUCCAUCCCCAACCCCUACCGCUACUUCAGCGGGGGUGAGAGCGACACGUGCUCUUCGGCCGAGUCCUCCCCCAUUACCUCCCCCCUCCUCACCCGCUCCGCCUCCCUCCUCCGAUCCAUCACACAGGAGACACAGGCUAAGAUUUUUUCUCCUUCUCAGGUGUCUCGUGCCAAGCAUACCCUGGCACGCCACAGAUCCCUGUCCACAGACGAGUGCAGCUCACCCGACACCAGCCCCAGCCUGCAGCGCCGCCGCCUGCGCUGCCCUCCCUCCCCUACCUUCCGCGGACGCAAGGGGACCGGCUCCGGGGGUGCGAGUUCAGACCUCCUCCAGCGUGAGCACUCAGUCAACCUCAACAACGGUGGCACGCUUAGGCUCAGUACUCACUAUGAUGCCGAGGCGGCCCGGCUGAGGGUCCGAGUGCUCGCCGCCGAGGACCUGUACGAGAAAGAGACGGACGUGAAGAGCAUCAACUGCUGCGUGUCUCUGUACCUGAACCCGGGCAAGCAGCAGAAGCAGAGGAGCACCAUCAUCAAUAACAGCAGGAACCCCAUGUUCAACGAGGACUUCUUCUUUGACGCGGUGCCGGCCGCCCAGGUCAAGAGCCUGGCCAUGAAGAUGAAGGUGGUGAACAAGGGAACCAGUCUGAAGAGAGAUGUGCUGCUGGGGGAGAGGGAGGUGCUGCUGAGCGAGCUGCUGCCAGGCAUCUAGAGAUUCAGGCUUUCUUUGGGUUCUGUUUGGAUUGACUGAGAUCGAACCCUGAGGUGGAGCUCUUUUUUAAAAUUUGUGUCCCUUAGUGGAACUAGUUGGAUUGGUCACCUUGGACACCCAGCACUGUAGCAAAUCAGAGUGAGGGGGUGUGUGAUGUGUGUAUGUUUGUGUGUGUUUUAGGGUUGAAUAUUUUCCUGAUGUUUUCCAAAUCUUCAAUCCCGAGAGUAAAUCCCUUUUCUACCGGGUAACCCGGUAUUUCAAAAGCAUUAUAAAGCAUAUGUCACGAUCGUCUUGAGGAUAAUGAGUGGACCAAGUUGCAGCGUGAGAGAAAUACAUCUUCCUUUUAUUAGACGAAGACGUAACACGAAACGAAACACUCUUACAAAACUAACAAAACAAUAAACGACCGUGAAGCUAAUAAACGAAAGUGCACACACAAGCUACUAACGUUCAACAUAGACAAUUACCCACGAAAACCUACUGUCUAUGGCUGCCUUAAAUAUGGCUCCCAAUCAGAGACAAUGAAUGACAGCUGUCUCUGAUUGAGAACCAUUCAGGCAACCAUAGACUUGCCUAGACAACUAUACUAAACCCAACCCCAUACACUCAACAAAACCCCCUAUACAAUACAAACACAUGUCACAACAAACAUGUCACACCCUGACCUAACUAAACUAAUAAAGAAAAUCAAUAUAACAGAGGCCAGGGUGUGACAGCAUAUAAAUACAGUAUGUCUGGAUUUGAUUAUAGCUUUGAUCAACAUGAAAAUUCAAACCUAAUGCUACCUGAGCCUGAGUCAUGUAUUAAAUACAUGUUAUGAACCCUACAUAAACAACAUUUAAAACGCCCAAGUCCAAAAGCCUAAAUGAUUGUGCCAUUAUCCAAUACAUACAGGCUACUGCACCUUACGGACGACAGAAAACCAUAAAAGCCCAUAGAUGUAGCUAGCUAAAUGCUCUCUUAGGUAAAUAAAUGAAACUAGUUUCAGAAGCUAAUCUUUUUGAGUUUGAACUGUAUUACUGUACUGUAUUAUACUGUGUUAUAUGGACUUGAAUUACACACAUCGUUUAAACCAUGACAUUGCUUUUUUUAGGUUUUGUUUACUCGCACCAAAGAAAAUAAGUGAAAGACAAAGUACAGAUUAAAAAAUAAAUGGUGAAACCGGUGUGAAGAAGAGUUUUGAAAUGUAGACCUACCUGUCAUAAUAAAAAAGGUUACCAUGAUAAGAUAGAUGCUAGGUCUACAUACAUUGUGAACUACGCUCCAUACUGAGAUGGGCGGUACAGUAUGUCCCUACCCUGAGCGUUGAUUAAUCAUGCAGAGGCCGUAGAGAAGCCAGAUUUAGACAUCGCAUAUACAGUAAUUUAACAAUUCUAUUUCACUCCACUCCAUUCAUUUACAGUACCAGUCAAAACUUUGGAUACACCAACUCAUUCAAGGGUUUUUCUUUACUAUUUUCUCCAUUGUAGAAUAAUAGUGAAGACAUAACUAUGAAAUAACACAUAUGGAAUCAUAUAGUAACCAAAAAAGUGUUAAACAAAUUGAUUGUGUGACUUGGACCAAGCAAGUCUCUUCUUCUUCUUGGUGUUCUUUAGUAGUGGUUUCUUUUCAGCAAUUCGACAAUGAAGGCCUGAUUCACGCUGUCUCUUCAGAACAGUUGAUGUGGAGAUGUGUCUUGACAUUUUCUGGAUUGACUGACCUUCAUGUCUUAAAGUAACGAUGGACUGUCGUUUCUCUUUACUUAUGUGGCAGGGUAUGUGGCAGGGUCUACAGGAAAUCACGGACUACAAAAAGAAAACCAGCCACGUCACGGACACCGACGUCUUGCUUCAAGACAACCUAAACACCUUUUCCCGCUUUGAAGAUAAUACAGUAUCAACAACGCGGCCCGCUACCAAGGACUGCGGGCUCUCCCUCUCCUUCUCCGAGGCUGAAGUGAGUAAGACAUUAACCCUCGCAAGGCUGCCAGCCCCGUGCAAUUGGCUCCUGGAUUUACUGACGGGCCGCCCCCAGGUGGUGAAGGUAGGAAACAACAUCUCCACUUCGCUGAUCCUCAACACUAGGGUCCCACAAGGGUGCGUGCUCAGCCCCCUCCUGUACUCUGUUCACCCAUGACUGCGUGGCCAUGCAUGCCUCCAACUCAAUCAUGAAGUUUGCAGACAACACAACAGUAGUAGGCUUGAUCACCAUCAAUGACAAGAUAGCUUAUAGGGAGGAGGUGAGGGCACUCGGAGUGUGCUGUCAGGAAAACAACCUCUCAAUCAAAGUCAACAAAACAAAGGAGAUGAUCGUGGACUUCAGGAAACCUCAGGAGGCUGAAGAAAGUUGGCUUGUUACCUGAAACCCUCACAAACUUUUACAGAUGCACAAUUAAGAGCAUCCUACCGGGCUCUCCAGAGGGUGGUGCGGUGUGCACAAUGGAUCACUGGGGGCAAACUACCUGCUCUCCAGGACACCUACAGCACCUGUUGUCACAGGAAGGCCAAAAGAUCAUCAAGGACAACAACCACCCGAGCCACAGCCUGUUCACCCCGCUACUAUCCAGAAGGUGAGGUCAGUACAGGUGCAUCAAAGCUAGGACAGAGAGACAAAAAAUUGCUUUUAUCUCAAGGCCAACAGGCAGUUAAACAUCCGUCACUAACACAGAGGCUGCUGCCUACAUACAGACUUGAAAUGAUUGGCCACAGUCCCUUUAAUAAUGCCACUUUAAUAAUGUUUACAUAUCUUGCAUUACUCAUCCCAUAUCAGAACCAAAAUCACAAAAAAAUGGUCACUGUCCAAUGAAUUAUGAUGCUUACCGGUAGGGGACAUUCUGGAUCCAUCGAUGUUGAGGGAUUUCCAUCGCCUCCAUCCGGAUCGCCCUGCGAGUGCAUCUAAAUCUUUUAAGG